AUGACGGCAUACGGCCACGGCGCCCUUCAUUUUUCGUCGGUUGCUCUUGAGAACCUUAUCAGACCGCCCGUAGGCGCCUGCAGCGUCUGUUUCGACAACGUGGAGUGGACUAUAUUCACACUGACCCUGGAUGAAGCGGUAACUCAAGGGUUCUUGUCCAGUCACGGGUUUGGGUCCGCGAUCACGAUCGGGGUGAUUCAUUUGUAUCGCUUCGCCUUCAAGUUGCUUUCUUUUUGCUCCCACUACUACACUGGCUGCUUCAUCGAGCUCACUGUCCACGACGACGACGAACAAGAAUACAAACACAAAACGACGACCACGACUCUUCAGAGUACGAUGAACGUGUCUGAUCUACUUCAAGAUUCACCAAGUCAGCAUAGAAAACGCCCUUCUGCGCAUGACGGCACGACGAGCACCAGCUCUUCUUCACCUGUUCCCCAACAAGUUGCUCAGAGUCAAAACGCCCCAACAAAUCAACCUCAACCUACUUCAAAUUCAGUUUCACCCCAAUCUCAUCCUGCCGCUCCUCGUCCAACAGCUCCACCAUCUACCACCAAUGCCCCCUACCCUGCACCGCCAUCUUACUACCCACCUUCCCCAUUCGUUCCACAGCGCAUCACACCGAGGCAACCCCCAGAACAACCAAUGGCCAGUCUCCAACACCCUCACCCUCACCCUCACAAUCCCUGGGGUCCUCGUCCACCUUCGGGGUCCUCUCCACUUGUAUCUGCAACUACCAGAGCGCCAUUACCCGUUGAGAGGAGUCCAGUCGUUCAACGCCAAAACGUAAUCACAGCUCCCACUACUGCUCCUGGUCCUCCCAUACGUCCGUUUUUCUCCUCUCACUACGCAUUCAACCCUAACCCCCCAAUAGCACCCUCCCAUUCACCCCAAAACCAGCCUCAACCCCCCAAACAACCCGCACUCGACAAACGGCCUCCUUCAAACGCUCCAAACUUGAACCCCAAUCUCAACAAUCCAAGUCCAAAUCUAAACCCAAAUCUCAACUUUCGUGACCGCGAGCCAACUAUGCGAGACUCUCUCCGAGAACGCGACCUUGUUAUUCCUGGUCGUGAACAAGGUCUCCACCCCCGUGACUUGCGUGACCCUGUCUAUUACCGCGUGAGAGAGACCCUGGUCUACUCCCUAGAGAGCGGGAAGCCUCACUCCUUCCAAGAGAACGUGACGCUGGUCUACUACCUAGAGAACGUGACGCAGGUUUACAGCGUGAUGCCAGUCUACUGCCCAGAGAACGUGACCUGGGUUUACUGCCAAGAGAAAGAGAGCCACUCCUACCACGAGACCGCGACACCCUCCCUCGAGAACGAGACCCGUUACUCACCAGAGACAGAGACCCCCAUUUCCAACGCGAGCGAGACCCUCUCCUUAGAACCCCUUGCCCGCGAGAGGGAGAGAGACCCUCUUCUCUCGCGUUAUCGAGAUGAGCGGGAGAGGGAUAUGGAUGUGAUACGUGCCGCGGCGGCUGCUCGGGAGAGAGAGCAUGACAUGGAAAGACGGGAAAUGGGCAUGGAGAGGAGAGAGCCAUUGGUUUUGGAUAGACGGGACCCAGCUAUGGAUAGGCGCGAUCCCGCUAUGGACAGACGUGACCCCGCUAUGGACAGACGUGACCCGGUUGUGGAUAGGCGUGACCCAACCAUGGACAGGCGCGACCCAGUUAUGGAUAGGCGCGACCCAACCAUAGACAGGCGUGACCCACCCAUGGACAGACGUGACCCAGUCAUAGACAGGCGUGACCCACCCAUGGACAGACGCGAUCCACCCAUGGACAGAAGAGAACCUCUCACCAAAGACAGACGAGAACAAGACCGCCCAUCCCACGACAGACGCGACCCACACGCCCACCCAAUGGACCGCUUCGAGCGUCCUCGUCCCCCCUCCGAACGUGGUCCCGUCCCCGCAGGCCCCGGCGUACUGCAACUCCACCCUGGCCCUGUCCAUCCCCAUCCCCACCCACAUGCGCCGAAUACGCUACAGCAAGAGCGUGAUAGGGAGCGCGAUAGGGAACGUGAUAGGGAAAGAGAGCGCGAACGCGAACGCGAACGCGAAAGAGAACGCUCCCAUGCUAUUGUCCCCCCUCUAGACCGUGAGCGCCAGAUGGCGAUCCACAGGGAACGAGAAGCCUUGCGUGAGCGAGGGGAGAGGGAACUUCUGCAACAGCAGCAGCAGCAACGGGAGCGGGACGGAGACCGGGACAGAGAAAGAGAAAGGGAGCGCCCAGGAGAUAUGCAGCGAGAUAAACCCAGCGCCGGGGAACGAGGACCUGGACCCAGUCAUCGUGCAUCUCCACUUUCCCGACCUCCCUACGUACCGACGAACUCCCACAGCCACCCAUCGCCUCACGCACAUACGCACGGACACACACCGAACCAUGCGCAUGCGCAUAUCCCAUCACAUACUUCUCAUAGCCAUCCCCCACCGACCCAGGGUCGUAGACAGUUGUUGCCUGGACAAGGACAGUUCCAGGCGUUGCCUCCUCCGCAUCCGCACCCGCAUGAAUGGGAUAGGGAGCAUACUCAAACUCAGAGAGUGGAGAGGGAGCGUGUGGAAGUGCGAGUCCCUGAGAGAGAAAGGGACCGGGACCGAGAUAGGGAGAGGGAGAGGGAGCAGAGAGAGCGCCUGCCUACUGAUCAACGGUUGAGCGAGCGUCCGGGUCCAGGGGAGAUCCUGCAGUUGAGGGAUCCAGCGCUUUUGGUGAGGGAUCGAGAGAGUGGCAGUGUUGGUAUUGGUGUUGGGGGGAGGGAGCAGCGGGGUGAAUUUAUGAGAGAGCGGGAGCAGAGAGAACGGGAAAGGGUGGGGGAAAGGGAACGCGACCAGAAGGUGUUGUCAGAUCGGGAGAGGGAGCAGAGAGAAAGAGAACUUAGGGGUAUGGAGCCGCCUGAACGACGUAUCGGAGGACGCCGUUCGCAUCCACAUUCACAAGCUCAGACUCAGGUGCACUCGCGGAUGCCGUCUCCCAUGAUAGAAGAGAGGGAGAGAGCGAUGAUGGAACGUGAACGCGAGCGCGAGCACUUUGAGCGUGAGAGGAUAGAAAGGGAGAGGAUAGAGAGGGAGCACCUUGAGCGCGAGUACAUGGAACGUGAGCGGGGGAUGGGUAUGAGCAUCGCCGAGCGGGAGAGGAUGGAGCGUGAACACCUCGAGCGGUUGGAACGACAGCAGCACCUCGACGCCCUUGACCGUGAACGCUUUGACGCUCUCUCUCGGGAACGCGAACAUCUUGACCUCAUUUCGCGCGAACACAUCGAAGCCCGUGAACGUGCGGAGCGCUUGAACCUCGAGGCAAUGGAGCGUGAACGCGCUGAACGUGAAGCCCUCGAACGCCUUCCCACUCCGCAGGAGCUUGCACUGCUUCUCCAAACCCGCAUGGAGCGCCCGCAUUGUAGCCUCGGGACUUGGGUGUUCCCUGCAUUGCCGUUCCCAUGGUUUUUCGGAGACCACAUGCCCUGCAUGAAGGAAGGAGAUGUGCAGGAGAUUGGAAAAGACGGCUUGGUUGUCCCUCCAGAAGUGCGCCUCACCGUCCUCAUACCGGCUUCCUUCCUCCCUGCCUCGAGGCCACACAAGCUGAGGUUAUGGGGUGGAGGACUAUUACCCCCUCCACCGAUACAGUUUUGGCCUGUACAUGCGAACUUGAACGGCAACGCAGCAGGAAAUGGUUCUGGCCCAUCCGGACCAAGCACCACGCCUAACCCCUCAGGAUCUGUAGCUAGGACCACGCCAAACUCUGCACCGCCCACUUACCAUCCAAUGCACGCCCCCCGCCGACGUGUCUACACCGACGACUCAAACGUUCUCGCAUGCGCCGUACACGCUGGUCUUCUCACAUGGAGUGCCGUCUGUCGCGCAAAGCAAGAUGGCAAAGACAUCAAAAUAGUGCUUGGAGUCGUGCCCACCGUAUCGAGUUUUGGAGGCAGCGUCCGGGGCGAUGGAAAUCACGUAGACCCUCCUGUGCGUGCGAGUAUCGGACCAGCAAAUGGAACCCCUUCAAACGGUGUCACACCCGCCGUAUCAGCAUUGAACGGGAUCACGCCUAGCACCUCGCAGUCUUCUGCUUCGCAGCCCACCGUAUCGUCUCAUGGUUCUGGAAGCAAUACCGGUGUUGCUGGAGCUACGGCGCUUGAUGGGAUGGGUUAUGCUGGUGGUGUUUGGGCGAGUCGGUUCGUGGGUGGAUGGGGGGAGGCGUUUUAUGGGCAUCCGAGUGCGGGGUAUGGCAGAGACAGAGGAGUUUUGAAGAGGAAGCAGAGGAUGAUGGGAGGGGGGGUUGUUAGUGCUGGUUGGGGGUGGGGCCAUGAUGGGAGUGCGGUUGAGGUUGUGGAUGUUGAGGUUGUUGAGAAGGGCACUGCACGAGGUCCUGGACUCGGGCGACGCAACAGGUCACAAAGGUUACAAGAAUAUGCAACACGUCGUGCGGCUCUGGCCCUUUCUCCUGCAACAUCUGCCUCACCGCCACCACGCACGCAUUUGUUUGCUGACGUCACGAAUGGCCGCAAGCGACGCCGGAUUGCCUUUGCAGAUAUCAGUGUGAAUGGGAAAACUAGCACAGACCCCGAGAAUCUGGAGGAGCUGCAGAAGAUGCAUGCGCGGACUUUGGUGUUUGGUGGCUGGGGGAUGGGGGCUGGAUUCAAAUACACUCCAACGCUCCUUGCAUGUGCGCUCUUCCCGCAUCUCGCAGACCCUACCGUAUGUGCAUCUUUGCCUCGAAAGCGGCGGAAGACCAUGCACACGCAAGACCCACCUGCAGGGGCAGGGGACGUGCGAAUGGACGUAGAUGGUGCCGGGGACGAGAGUGGGGACGAGCGAUAUGCAGUGGUUCUUGAGAGCGACAUCGAGACGUACCUUGUUGCUCCUGGGCCUAGUCCGAGUGAAGGGUUCGUGUUGUCUGUCAUCCUGCCUACACCUUCUACAGACGGGAAGAGGGUAGAUGUUGUUGAGGAGCCUGCGGACGACAAGAACAUAGUGACAACUGCGCCUGUACCAAAGACGCCUCCACCCACUUCGAGUGCUGGUGAAAACCCAACCAGUACCUCCGAUGCGCCAAAGGAAGACCAAAAAACGCCAGUCCCAGAUCCACCUUCACCUCAGCCCAUAUCCGCUUCGCCGCCUUCAGAAAAGACCGUACCUCAGAGCAGUCGUACCAAGGUCGUCCGAAGCAAUCUCCAGGAUACGGAUUUCAAGUUUGAGCAAGAUGGCGUCGUUGUGUGUGGUGAGGGAGAGGAUAUGAGAGUGAGAGUGGUGCGGUGGAGGUGGUAUCUAUGA